GCCUACCAUACGCUUAUCUUUCUCAACCCCAUCCAUACCUUUUGAGCUAUUUUUUUCUUUUCUUCUUUGGCUGUGAUAUUUUGUGAUAUUUUGUGUAAAUCAGAAAAAACCUGGUCACAACCCUGAUUUUUUUUUCUCUUUCCCGUUUUAAUGAUUUCGAGACCAAUAAGAAGACUCAUGUCACAAAUACCCAUGCUUAUCCUAAUCGAUUUUGACCAGACCAUUACCCUCCAUGACACCAUUGGUGCUUUAGGUCAGUUUGGAGUAUCACAGACACACAACCCAAAGCCUUGGUCUUACUUUGUCGAUAGUUAUUUAAAACAAUACAGACAACACCGUGACGGGCUAUCGAAACCAGCAGACUUUAAAGGCUUUCUUCGGCAGCUGGAUAGUUACCGACCUAUCGAACAAGCCUCCUUGGCACGUAUCACACAGCAUAAUGUAUUUCAAGGUAUACCUCGUCAAGAUUUUAUACAGCAAGGCCAAUCUUUAAGCCGGACUGAGCUUUUACCCAACGUCAUGACCACUUUAAAGGCCUACGAAGACAAUAUUCGCAUUGUCUCUUUAAACUGGUCUAAAGAUUGGAUUGUGGGGUUUACAGGUUUAAAACGGGAGCAGAUUUAUUGCAAUGAUUUAAGCUUUGUCAAUGAUAAUUGCACGGGUGAAAUUGUACCCCACAUUUUAACCACAGGGGACAAACAGCGGGUCAUUCAAAACUCCAUCAUGACUGGAGAGAAAAUCAUUUACAUUGGUGAUUCACUAGGUGAUAUUCAGCCAUUAGUUGAAUCCAACAUCGGUAUAAUUAUCGGGAAAGACACAUCCUUGUUAGAAUCAUUAAACCAUUUCGGGUAUAGUGUACAAGACGAUAUAACCCAACCAAGCCAUUUGUACCGCGUUGAUCACUGGGACCAAAUCAAGACAAUUCUCGACACACACAAUAAAAUAUAAAGGGA